AUGCCGACGUAUCCCAUCCGUCGCCGCCGCCCGCGCGAUUGCAAAACCUGUCUGCCGUGCCGCGCCAGCAAGGUCCGCUGCGAUCGCAAUAUCCCCUGCAGCAAUUGCCUCAAGCGCAACUUCGCAUGUACCUACGGUCGGCCACCGCCGACGCGACCAUCCGCCCCCGCGACAGCCAGCACCACCUCGGCCACCCCGCUACAGCCUCUUUACGCCUCCUUUGGCGUUUCGCCGGCCUACGAUGGUCCUGCCCCUCUCUCACAGUCGGUUCCACAUGUGCGGGAUGAUCCUUACGCCCCCGAGCGAUCCGUGUCUCCGAGCGAUGACCCGGAUCUACCAGAGAUGAUCGACAUCUCACAGGAGGAAUGGGAUGAGAUCAGUAUGAAGAUGGCCGCCAUGGAAGAGAUUAUGGGCAGCCUGCACACAAUCUUUAGAACCCACUCGGCGCGGAGGAAGCCCGAUUUCACCGCGGCGACGGCCACGACAACGCCGUCCGAACGGAAGGAUUCGAUCAGGUCGGAAGGCGUCUAUGGGUCUAACGUGAUGAGGACGGGUGCCGUGCAUCUCGGGUCUCGAUCCGCGCUCGUAGAUAUCCUGGACAAAUCCAAAGACUCGGAGCACAUGGCGCAGGCGCUACCCCCGGAGGAUCUGUUGGCAGACCUGGCACUGGGCAAUGAAGCCAUGGCGUAUCCCUUUGUGGACCUGUGGUCCUCGGAUCCGUUUACCUUCAACAUUGCCGGCGUAUGCGGCGUGCUCCCAGAUGACGAACAAUGUCUCAGGUUUCUAAGUUUUUAUCGAGAUAUUGGUGCGGUUUUGUACCCUGUCCUCCCGGACCUCGAUGCGCUGAAUCGCAAGGCGAACCUGUUGCUGGAAGGGAGACAACGGGCCGGAGGGGUCUAUAAGCCGGACGCCGAUGGGCUAGUCAAGCCAUUUGGGAUGGAACUGCAUUUCCUGAGCUUGCUUUUUGCGGUGCUUGCCUCGGGCUGCCAGUUGUCGGACCUGCCAAGUGCGGACCGCGAACUGACUUCGUGGGUGUAUAUCUCCUGUGCAUAUCAGUGCCUGCGGAUGUUGAAUUACGUCUCCCAACCGACGGUCGAGGUGAUUCAGGUACUGCUCAUUAUUAGCAAUGUGCUCUCGUAUAACAUGAACGCGGGAGCCUCCUAUACAUUGCUCGGCAUGACGGAGAGAAUGUGCCUGGUGCUCGGCCUGCACGUAGAAUCAAGUGGGUUCACGAUAGAGGAUCAAGCCACCCGAAGACGCACAUGGUGGACCAUGGCAUUCCAAAAUAGUCACUUCUCCCUCGCAUACGACCGACCCUCCAUCACCAUGGUCAGCCAGCCUGAGAUACCCUUUGAUCGAAAAUCCAUGCCUGGGCAUCGGCCCUACUUCGAGACCCUUUGUCGGGUGGUCUCGCUGGCACUGGAGCUGCUCAAGUCCCGCAUGUAUCCUGGUCAUCAGGAGCCCCGACCCCAUGAUAUCCGCGAGUACAAGCAGCGCAUCCACCGCACGCUGGCGGAAGCCUCCCCACAUUUGCGACACAAGGAUCAAUGCCGCUCCCUUGCCGAGCACAUCGAGCGCACCGAGUUACGGUUACACUCCUCCUAUCUGCUGUCCGUCGUCACGCGAGUGUCUUUGGACCGACAUGCUCACCUUGACGAGGCUCGCCGAGCCUGGAUCCGCGAAGAUUGCCUGAAUAGUCUGGCGAGCACGAUUGAGGCGUUUGUGGAACUGCAUGAGAUCAACUCCCAUUGCUCUCGAUCGUGGAUCAGUCUGCAACGGUCAAUCGCGUCGGCCUUUCUGUUGGUGACGAAUGACGACAGCCCUCGGACCUGGGCUCUCAUCGACGGCCUGGAGAAAGUUCUGGCCGAUCAUGUCUUCGCCGAUGGGGAAGCCAAACACAACGAUCGCACCGACUCGGCCAAACACCUAUCGUCCUCACUGCGAGCGCUCCGGGAAAUUCGCGUCGCUCUCCGCAAUCGAACCGCGACCCCCGCGAUGCCCGAGCCCCGGCCAAAGGCAUAUCCAAAUAUCAUCCUGCCUUCGCCACCCAUGACCGACCACGCCUCGGGGCCGCCGCAUCUUGCAGCUACAGGUAGUCGACCGAUGCCCACCGUUCGGGCCGAAGACUGGAAUAUGCGAAACAUCCUGGGCCGGGUUUCCGAUGUUAUGCUAUUCCCAAGUAUGAGUGGCACCAGUCCCGUGGUGUAA